AGAGAGAGAGAGAGAGAGAGAGAGAGAGAGGAGGGAAAAGAGAAGAGAAUCGGCACGAGUAUAGCGACGAAGCGAGGAGAAGCAAAGUGCCGCUUCGCGCGUUCGAACGAGCUACAGACUUUGCUACGCUAUUGAACUUCGUUGAUCGUAACAAUCGAUGUUGCUUUUCGUUCGCAUCUAACCGAGUUGUGCUCUGCGCGUUUAACAAGUUUCUUCGAGAUUUACGCUUUCUUUUUUGCCUUUGCCUUCGCCUUCGAUUCGUCGACGAGCAGCGACACUCUUGGACUUUUUCAUCCGUCGGACUACUUUUCUCUUGUUUUCUCUUUCUUGCGGCACGUUGACGGUAUAAAGUUGCGCACGAACGAACGAGGGGCUACUACGCGAGACAGAUCUCGAGUUCAAGAAGAGACAUUAUACGACCGCUGCGACCAUUAUUCAACGACCUUGUUUCUUGUGCUUGUUUUAUGCAGGCUUAAGGGAUACACGUUAUCAUGAAGAGAAUAGAAAAAAUUUUAACUUCGUUGUUCGCGCGAGAAUGAUCCGAUGCAAGCGCGCGAAUCCGCACGAGUGAGGGACGGUAAAAGGGAGAUAGAUCGAGAAAGAGAGAGAGAGAGAAAGCGAUAGGGGUGGGGGGAAAGGUCGAAGCGCGAAUACGCGUGCGGCCGGACAAAAAACGCGCGUAGAGCUCUGAACCUAAAGAUAAUACGCGGAAGCCGACGAGAUCAAGUAGCUCUCUGUAACCCUUGAUAUCGCUAAGUGAUAUAAGAAAAUAACUUUUACAGAGGUGUAAAAGAAGACGUGCACGUUGUUGUUGCCUUCAAGAAGACGAACGUGUGCGGUAAAGAAAGUGUAAGAUAGAGCGAGUGAACGAGGAAGGAAAAGUAAAGUAGAGAGAGAGAGAGAGAGAGCAAAGGGUGGUAACAGCGCUACGUGAAAGGAUGCAGCAGCACCGGGUGGAAACACAGAUCCGUCACGAGGAGCAGAUCCUGGAGGCGAUAGAUCAGUUGCGCCGACGUAAGGCGCGUCCCGAUGCCGAUCGUAUUUGUAACUACCUGCUUCGAAAAUUUUCGGUAGAUGUACGAGAUACGAUCGCCGAUCUUCAUCGCUUAAUCGAGGCUGAGAAGGUUAUACAAGUUGAUUAUAAAGGUAAUACAAGCUAUAGAAACGCGUCCAAGUGGUCGCGUUUACAACUUUACAAAAAUCGACCGGAAGGCUUCGUAAAGGAGAAACUGAAUUCGGGGAUGGUGGCUGGCGCGGUUGCCGAGCUCGUCGUCGAGGAACCGGAUUACCUUGAUCAAGGCGUGCCGGCUUAUAGAUUGGUCGAGCAGCUGCUCGAUGGUGUUUCGAAUCCUACUUCUAGGCGUAUGGUCGAGGAUUUCCUCGGGAAGGAAGUUGCGAGUGGUAAUUUAACACGUCUCUCUAACGGCAAUUAUUCGCUGGUGGCGACAUCCGACAUGACGACUGCAACCGAAUCGACGCAUCGUGAGACCUUCACCCUUGAGAAUAUAGAAAAUGGUAACAUUAGGCGUAAGGACUCACAAACGGUUUCCUCAACCACUAGUGGCCCUUAUGAUUUCGAUGAGACGGAGAAUUUGACGAUCGCCGAUUCGGCUUCAAAUACACCAAGGUCUUCGCGUCAAGCGAGUCCGAAGCCAGAAGCGUCGACUAAAAAGGAAGAAUGUUUCGAUAUUCUCCUUACCAAAAAUCAAGAUCGUACCGAAGAAACUUCUCUCGAUGGCGAUCGAACGAAGGAGUCCGAAGAUCCACUAGUUAGUGUCGACGAACGUAAAGACGACGCCAAAAGUACGGACAAUCAGUGCCAUAACCUCAAAAGAUCCUCCAAAUCGGAACGUAAGCAACGCCUACUCGUCAGGACAGAUGAUCCUAUGGACAUAGAGAUCAAGUUCGAAGAGUUUCGCAAAGACAAUAAAGAAGAAUCUUCCACACAAAAAGAGAAGAGGGAGGAUAACGAACAUUUUAGCGAAGAUCGCGACGACGAAGAUGCUGGUAGAAGUUCUACGAACCCUUCCCCUACACCAUCCAACGUCAAUGUAGGUGGUUUUCGUAGUGCUCGUAGAAAGACCAUUUUCCAGAGAGCAAAAAAAGUCUUCGACCCAUCCGAUAACAACCUUGUAAGGCGAAAACGUGGUAGACAAUCUGGUACUCAAAAUAAAACUGCUACAAUUCAAGAGCCUCAGGAAACUGUUAAACCACAGAUUAAAGAUGGGCCUUGUAGACAAUGUAGUCUUUGCGCUAAAGAAAAACAAGAAGCAUUAGUUGCCUGUCGAGAUUGUACAGUAAGAGCCCAUCCAAGUUGUAUUUACAGUCCAGAAGAAAUAAUUCAUAAAGCUGGUAGUAAUUGGCAAUGUGAACGUUGUAAGACUUGUACUAUCUGUUGCGAAACUUCAGAUGCUGGACCACUAAUUACUUGUUACUCCUGCGAUGAAGCAUAUCAUCAUUGUUGCCAUUCACCACGUGUUAUAAAUCCAAAAUCAAAUUUAAGGUGGCAGUGUAACGACUGCAUUCAAAAACAACAGAAAACGAACAACAAUCAAACUGUCACCCUUGUUUCUACACGACCUGAUACUCCAUCAAGUACACCUGUAUUACCGCCUGUUUUAAGUCCACAAGUAUCGCCUGCUCGCGCAUCUUCUGAUCAAAUGGAAGACGAUGCUACUAAAGAUGGAAUCGAUCCAAAUAUCCCUGACGCUUCAGAUUGGACAUCUGAACAAGUAUAUCAAUAUUUUGCCAGAUUAUUUCCUAAAGAAGCAGAAGUAUUUAGGCAACAAGAUAUAGAUGGUCAUUCUCUUUUAUUGAUGAAAAGGUCGGACGUAUUAAGUGGACUUGACUUGCUCUUAGGCCCAGCACUAAAAAUUUAUAGACACGUUUUAAAACUUCAAGUUAGACGGGAUGAUCCGAAGCUUUAUUGGUUGUAAAUUUAUUUUAAUAUUUUAAGAAAAAUAUUUAUAAGGAAAAUGUUAAUGCUCACUAUAUGUUGUACAGAUCAAUUUUCUUAACUUUACACAUUCUAUGUUAAUAUCUUUUUCAAUUCUAUAUAUUUUUUCAUAUUAUGCAUAUUGUGAUAAUCGGAAUUGGAAAAGUGAUAACGUCUGAAAACUUUGAAAAAAUUUAGUACAUAAUAUAGAGAUUAUUUAUAUAAUUAGAGCGGAAAAACAGUUGUAUUUCUUACACUGUAGCAUCUCUGUUUAAAAGAUGCUUACAUCGUAAGUUGUAUGUUAUAUACUUCUGUUGUAUAUUGUACAACAAGGGUUUUAAAGACUAUUAUGUUUAAAUAAUAUAGUGAGUCUACAAAUAGCCAGUCUUAUAAGAAAAUUGUAGUAUAAUAAUAUUGCAUAGUUUUUAUUUUUGUUACAAUACAUAGUAAGAUAAAUAUUUAGCAUCUUUUCGAUACUCUAUUUAAGGAACAUCGAUAUAUUAAUUUCAGAUAUAUCUUCCUGUAUAAUAAAUGUUUUGAUAUUUACAUUGCAUAUUUUUAUUACUAAUAAGAUAAAACUUUGUUUUCUGCUUUCUAGAAAUGAGAAUUAUGAGAUUAGUAUUACUACAUACAUAGAUCAUUAAUAAGUUAUAUAAAAAUAUCUGAAAAUCUCUUUUACAAGCAGGAACUUACUUUUUUAGAUACGAAGAAAAACUAUCCUGCCUUUGGUGAUAUCUCAUUAUUGCAUUUUGAAAGUACUAACGAUAAUGUUAAAAAACGUUGAUUUUUUUAUAAAAUAUAAUAGAUAUAUUAUGCCAUUUCACUUGUUAUUCAACACUUUGUAAAUUAUGUAACAUUAUAUGAAUACUCAAUUUUAA